AUGUAUGAACUCUCCAAUAUCCAGCAACACAUUGACUUUAAUACCAGUCGAACGCCAUAACAAUUUUUCGCAAGCCUAGAUCGACACAACUCCAAGAUGCCAUCAGUAUUCUCAAGGAGCAAGGACAGCGAGAACGAGGUCACGCAUUCAGGUGCCCCCGCCGACUCAACUAGAGCCACCCCUCCCGGAUACGCAGACGAUGCGAUACCACCAACCUACAAGGCCACUUCGUAUCUAACUUCACUCCGUGAGGGCGACCCCAAUGACAAGAUCGAUGUUCCCAUGAUUCACAGCACCCACAAGCUCUCAUUCGGCGACUACUUGCCUUGGGGCAGUGCGAUGAAGACCGGCAAGCGCACUGUGAUUUCGCGCAGCAUGACGCGCGACUGCUACGUCAAGCACUACGCAAAAGACGAGGAGGGCAACUACAUCGGCACUGAACGGCCAUAUCCUGAUCAUCAACUGGUAUCGGUGCCGAAUAAGAGCACCCCUGACGAUAUUUUGAAGCAGGCGAGUGACGAUCUCCCUUAGCCGUAGCUUAAUAUGCUGAUAUGGUGGUAGCUGGAUGAGUUUGUCGACGUGAGGCAUGACAUUCGACACCUGCAUGACAAGAAGGAGCUCAAGCACAUCCCAAA